AUGGACAGCUAUCGCGACACGCCGCCACCAGAUCGAUAUCUCAAGGGUCCAAAACUCUUCACCCUUCUCGGUAGCCUGACGCUAGUAACAUUUCUCGUCUGCCUCGACACCUCCAUCAUGGGUACUGCAAUACCGCGCAUUACAUCCGAGUUCCAUUCGCUUCCAGAUGUAGGCUGGUACAUUGGUGCUUUUACGCUCGCUUCAGCAACAUUGCAACCACUUUCCGGCAAGCUCUACACACACUUCAACACCAAGAUCGUGUUCCUCACAUUCGUAUCUUUGUUCGAACUCGGUUCCCUACUUUGCGGUGUCGCCAGCUCCUCGGCUGUCCUUAUCGCAGGAAGAGUCGUUGCCGGCUUAGGAGCGUCUGGCAUCGUGAACGGCGCCAUGACGAUCUUAGCAGGGGCUGUGCCUAUGGAGAAAAGUCCAGUGUACACCGGUAUAGUACUAGGGACUGCGCAAAUGGGCAUUGUCGCAGGUCCACUCAUCGGAGGUGCUCUGACUGAGCAUGCGAUCUGGCGUUGGUCUGACGGCGAUGCGAACGCAGGCUUUUACAUGAACCUACCCAUCGGCGGAGUGGCAGCCGCCAUCAUCGCUUUCGUCCCCAUUCCCGAACGCACGACGAAGCCGCGCAUAACUCUGUCUCUCGUCCGCAAGAUUAUACCCGACCUCGAUCUGCUCGGCUUUGCUCUCUUUGUCCCUCCGUCCGUUAUGCUGCUUCUCGCCCUCCAGCUGGGUAGUGGCGGAAAGUACGCUUGGAGCUCCCCUGUCGUCAUCGGACUAUUUUGCGGUGCUGCAACAUGCGCCGCCCUCUUGAUACUUUGGGAGAGAAGAAUGGGCGACCAAGCCAUGCUUCCAGGUAAGCUGCUUGGACAGCGCAUCGUCUGGACGAGUUGCGUGUACGCCAGCUGCAUUAUCACUUGUAUGAUGACAGCGAGUGUUUGGAUGCCGACGUACUUCCAAGCCGUGAAGGGCAAUGGCCCGACUGAUAGCGGUGUACACGUACUGCCGAGUAUCUUGAGCCAACUUCUUGUCGUUAUCGCUACGGGUGCUGCAGUAUCCCGCAUGGGCUACUAUCUUCCCUGGGCGCUCGUCGGCGGUAUUAUCACCGCAAUCGGCAACGGUCUUGUGUCAACGUUCACAGCAUCUACGAGCGCCUCGGUCUGGAUCGGCUAUCAGAUCUUGUUGGGCGCUGGCCGAGGAUGUGGCAUGCAGAUAGCCAUCAUUGCAGUGCAGAACGCCGUAUCUCCCGCCCAAUACCCGGUCGCUUUGGCCAGUGUCGUCUUUUUCCAGAACCUCAGUACAUCUAUCGCUGUCGUCAUCGCGAACACGAUCUUCGCGCAGACACUUCGCUCCGCCAUCACACGCUACGCGCCUACAAUAUCGCCCCAGGCGGCGGUUGAUGCUGGAUCUAGUGCCAGUGCUGUGCGAGCUCUCGUCCCGCUUGGAGAACUAGAUAAUGUGCUAAGAGCGUACUCGGAGGGUCUGCGCGAUGUCUUUUACUUCUUGGUAGGCAUAGCAUGUCUGGCUACUCUUGCCAGCUUGGGUAUGGGCUGGAAGGAUAUCCGGAACAAGCGCAGCAAAAUGGACAUGAAUGUUGAAAUGGAUGGGAGAUGUGAGACAAGGGACAAGCAGGCGGGUCAUGUAGAUAGCUAG